GAGAUUGUGUUCAGUCUGCACCUCUUGGUCCGAUCCCUGUGCUGUGAACUGAAAAAUCUAUGAUGUUGGCAUCACGGACACUUCUUGCCAAGCAGACCGCAGCUGUGCUUGCACGCCAGUCUGCCUGCCUGGUGCACCAUGGGGGAGACUGGGGGAACUGGGGCAACACCAACAUCGCCGUGGUUUUUUCAGGCUGUGGUUGGUGGGAUGGAACUGACGUCCAUGAGGCUGCAUACACCAUGUACCAUCUGAGCCGUAAUGGAGCCCGUUUUCAGAUCUUUGCCCCAAACCAGCAGCAGAUGCAUGUGAUGGAUCAUAUGAAGAUGCAGCCCUCAACUAGUGACAACAGAAACAUGAUGAUCGAGUCUGCGCGAUUCAGCCACGGUCAGGGCACGAUGCAAAUGAACGAUCUGUCCAAACUGGAUGUCAACGCCUUCGAUGCCAUCAUCUUUCCUGGAGGCCACGGAAUAGUCAAGAACCUGUCCACCUUCAACAAAGAUGGCAAGGACUGCAAGCUGAAUAAUGAUGUGGAGAGAGUUCUGAAGGAAUUUCAUCGCGCUCGCAAGCCCAUUGGUCUGUCCAGCAUGGCACCUCUCCUGGCCUGUCGAGUGCUGCCCAGCCUGGAAGUCACAAUGGGAUACGAACGUGAAGAGAGCAGCCGCUGGGGCCGCUGGCCCAACACCAACAUGGUGCAGGCGGUCAAGAGCAUGGGGGCCCGCCACAACACCCGCGAACCUUAUGAGGCGCAUGUGGACGAGAAGAACAAGGUGAUCAGCACUCCAACCUUCAUGUGGGAGACUGACUACCACUACCACUACAUCUUUGACGGCAUCGGGAACAUGGUGAAGCACGUAAUGCGUAUGACUGCCAAGUGAGUGGCGAGACAGAAGGCUUUCACACUUAACUGUUGCCUGACCCGAACCUGCAAUUAUGUGGCAUACAGAGAGUAAAUAAAGAAAAGCAUGCAAUGCAACUUGUGUGUUGUGAUAAUGUAGCAUGUAUUUUGAAGCAUAAAUGAAGUUGUGGAAUAUAUUUUCAUCCUUAACUGGACAGCAAAAAACACAGAUUUUGUCAAAAAACCUACAAUUACCUAUUCAAAUUCAGUUUGAAGUUGUUUGCAAUUUCAAGGCAUUUUUAUUUUUCUGUGGUGUGACUUUCAUUAUCAUGAAUUGUGAAAUGAAUAAAUGAAUAAAAAUGAACAAUGUGGAUAGAAAUACAAUUUCAAUGUACUGGCAUUAUCUAAAUGGGAUCUAUUUUCAAAACUGACUGGUCAUGAAAUAAAUAACUUUUGUUAUAACUGAGAUUUCAAGUAGU